ACACGCACGCGUUGAGGGUCUCUGUCCCCCGGCGCAGUGGGUGAUAAAAGCUCGGGCGCAUUUUGGCGCCGGAGCGGUGUUUUGCGCACGGCAAGGAGCGCACCUUUUUCCAAACCCGGAGGAGCGCACGGCGCGGAUGCUGGGAGGGGCGGACCCAACGUGACAUCUGGCUCACUAAACACCCACUCCCUCGCCAACUCGCCCGUUUGGCGUAUGGACAACUACGACUGUCUCCCCUCCGCCACAAAAGUUGCCAGACGCGCGCGCGCCACGCAGCAGGCGGAGGACUCCCCGGCGCGCCCCGGCCCCGGCCCCGCGCGUCUCCGGAUGAGUUGAGCGAGUGAAGAAGAACAAGAAGAACAAGAAGAAGAAGAAGAAGAAAGAGAAAAAGAUUUAAAAAAAAGCCUCGAGAGCGCAUGGUUCCGUCCCGCGGUGCAAACUUCGGGCUGGUCCACACCGCUCGGCUCGGCCCGGCAUGAUCGUUCCAAACGUGAGCCUGAGCUGCGAGCGCUGUCCCGGGGGAGGAGGAGCCGGCGGCGGCGGCGGCACCGGCACCGCGGCGACGGACGCGUACGAGGGGGUGUCCGGCAGUCUCCCCGCGCCGUCGCUGAGCCCCACGGGGCACCUGGUGGUGGCCGUGUGCCUCGGCUUCAUCGGCACCUUCGGCUUCCUCAGCAACUUGCUGGUGCUCACGCUGUUCUGCCGGUACCGCGCGCUGCGCACGCCCAUGAACCUCCUGCUGGUGAGCAUCUCGGCGAGCGACCUGCUGGUCAGCGUGCUGGGCACCCCGUUCAGCUUCGCGGCCAGCACGCAGGGGCGGUGGCUGAUCGGACGCGCCGGCUGCGUCUGGUACGGGUUCGUCAACGCAUGCUUGGGCAUCGUGUCCCUGAUAUCCCUGGCCGUUCUGUCCUACGAGCGCUACUGCACCAUGGUGGCGCCCACCAUCGCCGACGGCAGGGACUACCGCCCCAUCCUGGGGGGGAUCUGCUUCUCCUGGCUCUACUCGCUGGCCUGGACCGUCCCGCCGCUGCUGGGCUGGAGCAGGUACGGGCCCGAGGGCCCCGGCACCACCUGCUCGGUGGACUGGAGCACGCAGACGGCCAACAACAUCUCCUACAUCGUCUGCCUGUUCGCCUUCUGCCUGGUGCUGCCGUUCAGCGUCAUCCUCUACUCCUACGGCAAACUGCUGCACGCCAUCAGACAGGUGAGGAGCUCGGUGGUGGCCCGUCGCCGGGAGCAGCGGGUGCUGGUGAUGGUCGUCACCAUGGUGGUGUGCUACCUGGUCUGCUGGCUGCCGUACGGGGUCGCCGCCCUGCUCGCGACCUUCGGCUCCCGCGACCUCCUGACCCCGGAGGCGACCAUCACGCCGUCGCUGCUGGCCAAGUUCUCCACCGUCAUCAACCCGUUCAUCUACAUCUUCAUGAACAAACAGUUCUACAGGUGUUUCAGGGCAUUGCUGAACUGCUCCGUCCCCGAGCGAGGCUCCAGCGCCAAGACGUUCUCGCGGGUGACCAAGACGCCCCGCACCGUCCGCCCGGACAGGGGGCCCCCCGUGUCCGCCCGGGCCCCCUCCUCGGCACUGCCCUCGCCCAACUCCGCGCGCGGGUCCUCGCAGGGAGCCGACCACGUGGAACAGUCAAAUCGAGACUCCUCCCCCGCCGCCGCCGCCGCCGCCGCCGGCGGCCCCAGACCCCAACUGAUCCUGGUGGCUCGCUACAGGCAAUGAGAGGGCGGGACACGGAAGCACGACAGGGGGCCGACCUCUUGGAGCGGCGAGCGGCGGGCUGAGGGGCACGGGGCUCCAAUUAGGAAAACAAAUGGCGAGCGCGAAAAUGAGCUCAGUGGGAGACGUGAAAUGCGUUUUUAAUCCCCGAAACAGGUUGUUGUUGCUCUGUGCAGUCGACGCACACACACACACACACACACACACACACACACAACGUGCCAGUCAUCCUGCUUACCAGAGGGAUCACAUGAAGACCGGGGCUAAACAUGCUGUAACGCGUCACGUUAAGAAGAUUAGACUCCGACUGCCGUCAGAAGGUGUUUUACUCGCAUGAAUUUUGACAUCCAUCGCCACAUUGGCGCCAAAGUUGCGUUGGAAGCUCGCUGACAGUGACCCCCCCCCCCCCCCCCCCCCCCCCCCCCGCCUGAGGCCUUGAGAGAUCUAUCUAAUAGUGAAAAUUGACUGUGUGUACUUUCUUCUUGGUGCAGUGAAAAGAGUGUUGGAGUUGAAUCCAUUGCAAAAGCGGGGUCGGGGCGUCGGCCACACAGGGGGGGCCGACAACCGAACACGACGUCCGCUGUUUCGGGGACAAAUAAAAUUCAAAGAGACAGAUGAUCGCUUUUGCCAAAACGCUUGAAAGGUACCGGAGGUCGCGUCGAGGGCGCCGACGAGUCAUCACUCGUGCCGGCAAACGCUGGAAGAGGGCGGAAAAACAAGCAAUCACCGCUGGGGUCCACGCGUCCCAGUGUCGCUUUUGGAAAACGCAAGUGUCGUUCGGAAUUCAAUCAAAAAAAUCCAACUUUUAUUCGUGGAUUUGUUUUAGGUUUUGUCGAUUGAACGUCGCCGCGCGCAGGGACGUAGAUCGUCAGCGGGCGAGAGCGGCGGAAUCAGCCAUUGUUUUUCCGUCAAGCCGGCGUCAGCGCGUUCAGCGGCGGACAUGGGAAUAAGCACGAUCGCACUUUAUUGAUGGAAUUUUUCGCUUUGGCUCUGCCCCAGUAAUUCAAAUCACAAAAUGUAUUUUUUAUUUUUUUUUGUUGAAAUCCUUAUAAAUGGGUCAAGCGGGUUUUUUUCUCUCUCUCAAAUAUAUAUUCAUGAGGCAUAUCUUUGUUACACGACUAUAAUAACGUUUCUUUGGUAAUCGCAGGAAAUUAUUCAUUCAUAUAUUAUUUUUUCUUCUUCGGAGGAGGAGAUUUUGUGAACUGUUUUUAUUUUUGGUAAACGGGGCAAUGAGAUGUUUUGUGCAGCUGCUGUAAGUCGGAUUAUUCUCUCUCUAAGGCACUUUUCCCCCCCUGACCCUGUUUCCAUGCCUGACGCGCGAGGAUUCGCUUUCAGAGCAUUACAGACUUUUUGCCGAACAAUUUUAAUGCAAUUUGGAACCGAGAAUCAUCUUUUGCCUUUCACGUAUUUACUGCUCUUCGAGCCCGCCCUCGUCGACGCCGGCACCGUUGCGAAAGGCCGCAGAAAAAAGGGAUAUUCCGCCGCGUUGUUGAGGGACACGCGUGAAGAGAUUUCACUGUUUCCGAGUAUGUCGGAACUGUUCUGCAGCGGCUGCUUCUCCUUGUUCGGUGGAAAAAAGUGACGUUCUGUUGUCUCCUACUGUAUCUGCCUUUGCUUAUGUAACAUCAAUUAAAUCUUCAUGUCACAAAAGCACAUCUGGCGGCCGCUGUAUUAUUCCAGUGUGUGUGCUCCGCUGUGGUCACUUUCUCUCAUUCCCUCUCCUCCUAUAGUCAAAUUCGCGUGUGUUGAUUAAUCCAUGAAUUAAUAACUCGCGCAUUAUUUGCCACGAGGGAAGCCGCUUAACGUUCUAAACUGCAGCCCUUGGUCUCGGUGAGAUACUAAACGCCAUUUGGAGCGUUUGAGCGUUGAGUCUUUACAAGCGACUGCCGCAAAUGAAUAAUGAGCUGAUGGCUACAAACA